AUGACGCGCUUUUACUCGAUUGCCGGGUUUCAGGGCGUCACUGGUUGUAUCGAUUGCACACAUGUUCCUAUACACAGCCCUGGUGGGAUGCACGCCGAAGUUUACAGGGAUCGUAAGGGAGUUUUCUCCAUCAAUGUACAGGCCAUUACUGGUCCAGAGCUUCAAUUCUUCGACAUUGUUGCGAGUUGGCCUGGGUCAGUGCACGACAGUCGGAUAUUUGAUAACAGCAGAGCUCGUGUCCUGUACGAAGAAGGGAUGCUGCCUGGUAUCUUGCUUGGGGACCAAGGAUACCCACGCAUGCCCUUUCUAAUGACUCCACUGAGCGACCCCAGAACGCAAGCAGAAAGAAGAUACAACCGAAGCCACAUUAAAACGCGGAAUUCAGUAGAGAGAGCAUUUGGAGUGUGGAAAAGAAGAUUCCCAUGCCUCAGAAUGAAGCUCCAAACGCGGCUUGAACGGUCAGCUGCUUUCAUCUGCGCUUGUGCAGCACUACACAACAUCGCAUGCGUAUGGAACGACCCCUGCCCAAUGGACAACAUGCAAAUACAAGAAGAUGAGGGUCCUCUAUCUGCUAUCUACCCAGACGUUGUGCUUGGUGCACACAUGAGGCGCCGUCUAAUUGAAAAUGUUUUUUCCCGCGUCCAGGACGAUGCCUAG